AUGUGGCUCCUGCUGGUGCUGGCCUUGGCACUGCUGCCAGGGGGGUCUCAGUGCACCGCUGGGGCUGGAGCCCCACGCUGGAUCCAGCAGAAGGAGUGGGAAGUGCCUGGGCAGCAGCAGCGCUCCCGGGCUCCGUGUGUCUCCACAGGCUGCAGGGCAGUGACGGGGCCCGGCACCGUCCGGGGAUUCCUGGGGGGUUCCCUGUCGGUCACCUGCACCUACCGGUCGGGCUUGGAGGAGUUGCCGAAAUUCUGGUGCGUCCCAAGUAGAAAGUUUGGUUUUAUCUGUGAUAACGACAUCGUCAUCACCUCGGAGUCGAAGCCCGCGGUGCUGCGGGGCCGGUUCUCCAUCCGGGACAACCGCACACGCCGGGCAUUCACGGUGACCGUGCAUGGUCUGUCCGAGGAGGACGUGGGCACCUUCCGCUGUGGAGUGCGAACGCCAAGACUUGUGCCUGAUGUGAGUGCUGCUGUGAAGGUGAUCGUGCUCUCAGCAAGAGUGACCCCCACGUCGCGGGCCUGGGGCCAGACUGCGGGAGGAGGUUUCACCCCGAGCGUGACAGGAACACGGUGCCCGUCUGGCAGCCGCUGCACCCAUCCUUCCUCCGCGUCCGCAGCCCCGACGCUCUCGCCGGACGCUCCGCCGGGGAGCCGCGGCACUUUCCGCUACUUCCCCGUGCUGGCCGGGCUGCAGCUGCUGGCGCUGCUGGCCAUGAGCGCUGCCGUGCUCUGGGUCAGCCUGCGGCUCCGCUAAAGCCCCGCCGGGACCCCAGGGCCCCGGCCGGCGCCGCUCGACCCCCGCCUGCCCCGCUCCCGACGGCGCGGGCAGGGGGAGCCGCACCGGGGCCCCGCCGGGCCCUUCCCGCUUCAGUAAAGGCUUCAGUAAAGGCUUCAAUAAAGGCUUCA